AUGCCUGCCCAUUUGUCUGAGAUGCAAAAGGAGCUUGAAAGCGAGUACAUCGCCUUGCGAAGUGUUAGCGCCAUGGUAGACCAAUUGCCAACUUUACCGAUUCGACGCGAACAUGACGCAAGGCGAUCGAGGAGAAAAGGCUGGCUCAAAAUAUCCAUCUCUGUGCUUGGCUGGGUCAUCCAAAUGCUUGCCAUUGCAAUGGUUUCGGUCAAGCCAGUCCCACUCUGCGGAGCUAUUGCGGACUUUACGAAGCUCUCGCUGUUGAUUGGGAACCGCUCUACCUUGCCAUGGUCCGCAAUCUACAUGCUUGCCAGCGGAUUAUGGAGUCUCUGA